CUGCAAACAAAGGCGAACUUCCGUUUAAACAGGGCAUUUAUGGGUAUACUUCAAAGGCCGGAGCGUCUGUUGUGUUCUGAGCGGGGAGGUACCUACUUAAACGUCCAUCCAGUCCUCCCUCCCUUCGGAGAGAUUCUCCUCUCGCGCCCAAUGACUCGAACCCAGAGUUUCAGGGCUCUCUCGCUCCUUGGCCAACCCCUCCGCUUCAGGAGGACUUUCCAGCCACGGGCGGCUCUGGAGUACCGUACCUUUCUUUCCUCCUCUUUGGGUCUCCGCCUUCUCCUUUCCUUCCAGCAGGCCCCCUUUCCAUUCCAGCCAAGCAGAAGAGCGGAAAGCAGCCGAGGCAUCUCUCUCUCUCUCCGCCCACCCCCUUCCUUCCAGCUACGUUUACAGCUUUUCUUCUGGCUUUCAUUCCCUCGAAUCCCGCUCCCGGCGUCCCCUCUUCGUCUCGGCCAUGCUCCCCUUCUCUCUCCUCCUCCUCCUCCUCGCUGGAAGCUGCGGCUGUUUCUCUUCAGGCUCGAACCAAGUAGCCCCUUUCGACUUGCUCUACGCUGAUGGGGUGCGGGCGUACUUCGCCCAGGACUGGCCUCGGGCCUCCGAGCUGCUACAGCGCUCUCUCCACAGCUAUUCGCAGCUGCAGGAGGCGCGCCGAAAGUGCCGAAGCGGAUGCCAGAGGGAAGCCUGUUUUGGGAGUCAGUCGCCUUUCCAGCCGUGGGAGACCACUUUCUUUGACCGGGUACUGCAGCGAGCAGAAUGCCUGGAGGAAUGCCUGGGACGGAGGCUGGGCGGGCAGCUGUCCCGCUAUCGAACCAGCCGCGCCAUCCAACAGGACUUUGAAGUGAGGGAGCCCUACAAUUACUUGCAAAUUGCCUUCUUCAAGUUAAAAAAACUGGAUGAAGCUGUCUCUUCAGCUCAUACAUUCUUCAUAGCCAAUCCACAGCACCUACAAAUGCGGGAGGAUAUGGAGAAAUAUCAGCGCAUGGCAGGGGUAAAAUCUGAAAGCUUUCGGGAUCUGGAGGCUGAACCACAUUGGGUAGCUUAUGAAGCUGGAAUACAUCAUUAUGGUAUGGAUGACUACCAGCAGGCAGCAGCAAAACUGGAAGAAUCGCUCAGAGAGGGGCUGCUGGCACUGGAGAAUUGCAGAGCUCUUUGUGAAGGGCCCCGAGAAGACGACAAAGAAGAGACGCAACUAGGCUUCUAUGAAAGCAUUGCAGCUCAUUAUGUCCAGGUCUUGAAAUGCAGGCAAGAGUGUGUCCUUGAUAUUGCCACCAAGCCAGGCAGGGUGUCUUCCACAGAAGAUUUCAUCCCAUCUCAUUUUGAUUUAUUGCAAUUUGCCUAUGACAAAGUUGGAAAUCGGACUGUUGCUGCUGAAUGUGCAGCUACCUUCCUGCUGUUCUAUCCAUCAGAUGAAAAAAUGCUGGAGAGGUUGAAAGAGUACCAAGCAGAUCUGGGAAAAGAAAUAGCUAUUCCAGCCAGAGAGAAUAUCCGCCGUUAUGUGCAAAGAUCCCUUAUGGAAAAGAAACUGAUCUAUUAUGCAGUACAGCACCUUGAUGAAACUUUUAAGGAUCCAGAUUUAUGGACUCCUGAGGAACUGAUCCCUGAAAGCAUGAAGGAGAAACACAAAGAAGAUCAGGAGAAACGAAGCUUGAAGGUCUCAUAUAUGCAACAACGGGAUCAAAAUGAACCACUACCUUUUGAGGACAUCACCAUCACCAUGGAUUCUCACCAACUCAAUGGUACCCAGAGGGUCGUCUUUGAUAGAGUCCUGACUGAAUCAGAAUGCAAAGACAUCCUUCGUCUGUCCAUGGCAGCUGGAGGAACAGGAGAUGGCUAUCGUGGCAGACGUUCCCCUCAUACUCCACAUGAGCGAUUUGAAGGCUUAACAGUGACAAAAGCUUUGCAGCUUGCUGAGGAGAGUAGUAUGAACUGGAAAGAUAUUAAACUUCUCCUGCAAGCCAGUGAGAAAUCCCGGAAAAUUGUGGAAUCCUAUUUUACCCCUGGGAAAAAUCUCUAUUUUUCUUUCACACAUCUUGUGUGUCGCACAGCUACAGAUGGACAACAGGAAGGCCGCAUGGAUCUCAGCCAUCCAGUCCAUGCUGAUAAUUGCCUCUUGGAUCCAGAAGGAAACACUUGCUGGAGAGAACCCCCUGCCUAUAUACACAGAGACUAUAGUGCAAUCCUUUACCUGAAUGAAGACUUCCAAGGGGGAAAUCUCUUCUUCACUGAGAUGGAUGCUGUAACCCUUACAGCUCAAGUGCGCCCUAAAUGCGGGAGGCUGGUGGCCUUCAGCUCUGGUGAAGAUAAUCCUCAUGGCGUGUGGGCUGUGACCCGUGGGAGACGCUGCGCUAUCGCUCUCUGGUAUACCCUUUCUCAGGAGCAUGCAGAGCAGGAACGGGGUCAAGCAGAAAAGCUGAUGAGACAGAAAGAGGCAGAACAGGAACAGUCACACAAAGAAGACAUAAAGGACGGCAAUUUUGUACCUAAAAGUGGGGAUUCACCAGAGCCUCCUACUCCAAAGGGAAGAGGUAGAUCCACGAGCCGAAAUAUUAAAUUGGACUCUAAGUCUGGAGUGAAGUCCAGGAGGCUGAGAGUCAGAGAUGAAUUCUGAUCACAUUCAGUGUAACCUGGUCUUUUACAGCUGCUCUGUUGGUUGUACAAGUGGGCAGCCUGAGAACUUUUACAACUUCUGAGUUAAAGAGUUGCUUCUUUAUGACACACAAAGUAUGGAUCAGAAAGUGAUACUCCUGGACUUCAUCUACUACUCGAAUAUCGGGAUGUCCUAGUAAAGAUGCCAAGCUUGUAAAAUAAUGUAACAUUAUGGCUAAAACAAACUGAGACACAAAUCUUCUGUUCAGAUCAGCCAUAUUCACAGAGGGCACUAGUUCCUCUCAAUCAGAAGCCUUCAUCUACAAUAUAGACACAGUUAAUACAGAUCUACCUAGAUUGCAGGGCUCUUCUGAGGGGAAUAGGGAUAAUAUAAAAUGUGCUUGUAUUACUUUUAAAGUGCUAUAUUAAUUUUAAAUAUCUUCCUGACAGCUUUUCUCCACCUCCACGUUUGAAGGAAUCGAAAGUGGGAAAAUAAUAACAUUCAUUUGUGAAUGGGAAUGGGAUGGGAAGCAGGAAAACAGACAAGCCAUACUAGACAUCUGGAUUACAAAAAGGGAAAUGUACAGUUAAAGAACCCAGGGUGAUCGGAAUCAUUAUUCAAGAAAGCAUAGAAAAACAGGUGAAAUGUUAAGAAGAAGAAUUACUAUGAGUUCUUUGUUCAAGCAAUGUAUUCCAAAACAGACUGAUACUCAGGUUCUAGAUCAGGGGUGUCAAACUCGAUUUCAUUGAGGGCCACAUCAGGGUUGUUUUUGACCUCAGGGGCGAGGUUGGGCGUGGCCAGCUUGACAACACUUGUGUCGGCAUUUGUGGUGGCCCGAGCACUCUGCCAGGGAAAAUGGGCUCCCGAGCUCCGUUUUCAGCCAUGACAGCCUCCUACCACCCUCUGCCAGUGAAAAAGCUCAGGGGGGCCACCCCCAACGAGCUCCAGUUGUUAAGUGAAUCACUAGUUCAUUACAGACUGGUUUUGCCAAAAACCAGAAGUAAAUGUCAAUUUUCAGCAAAACCAUCAUAAAACAAGGUCAGGUGACUGCAGGAUGCUACAAACAGCUAUUAAUGUGGGCCUGUUGCCCAGCAUCUGAAAUGUAACGUGACCAUGGGCGUGAAGGGAGGGAACCUCGAAUAUUGGUUGUAAGUACUCCCCAGGGAGGUCCAUUGUAACUUUGAACAGUUGCUAAGCAAACUGAUCGUUAAAUCAAGGACCACCUGUAUUGGUCUCUGACAGUAGAGAUAAUGGCUAUGUUUCUGUAAUGUGCUUUGUUACUGAACUGACCUGUUUUUCUAAGUUCAGAAAAUAUAUUGAACACAUAACAUUACAAAGGAAUUUUCCCCAUCAUUUAGUUGCUUGAAUGUUUGAAUGGCAGGAAAACUGGAUCAUAUUGGAUUGGUUAUCCCUGUAGCCUAUCUUGCUUCUACUCCUUCUGUACCAGAUGUUGCUAUCCCUCUGACUUAAACACAUCCAAGCCUCAAAGAUUUAAUCCACUUUCAAAGCUAUCCUUGGAAUGUGUCAAAAUAAGGUGGAAAAUACUGUGUCAAACCCAGAAGAGGUAAAGAUGACUUAAGAUUCACUCAAACUGUUGGGACAAGAAGAAGGCAACAUCAAAGGUAUACAUUAAAAAAAAAUGUUGCCAGGGCAUGUUUGUGCCAUUUUUAGAUACAAAUGGAGAAGGACUCUAAGUCAUACAAAAACCCUGAAAGGGUAAACUAUCAGGCUCCAAAGGUAGGAAUACAGAUGCCAGGUUGGUGAAUAAACUGGUGGACAGCAUAGAGGUUUAUGCAGGAGUCCCUGGUGUGUGAGGAAAUAUCACUGCAAUGGGCAACAUUAACACACACACAUAAAAAGAGCAUUUUUACUUAAAAGAAUUUAGGCUUCUGCUGUGGCAAUCAAAUCCUUAUCUUCCUCUCUAUGGCAAGUUUUCAUAUAGUACAUAACAAUGUCCUGCAUUGAACAUAUAAUAACAGAUCAAAUAAAAUGCUUUUCUAGAAUAAUCCCCCACCAGCACUAGGGACGGGGAGAUUAGACUGGAUAUGAGCUGUAGAUGUAGUUGUUCAAAUUAUUUCUCAAAUAAAUGGAAAUGACUGGUAAUGUAGUUGACCUCACACAUUAUUAUUGCUAAUGAAAUUUGCAUUUUUUACUGACAAUUUCCUUCCCAAAUAAACUCACGGAAUUACA